AUGCGCAGCGCCCGGCUGAGCGCCGUGCUGGCUUGCUUUGUGCUGAGCCAUGCCGAGCUGCUCUGCUGGCGCAACUCGGUUCCGCAGAGGAGCCGCAGCGCUUGGUCCAAUGCACGGUGUUUGCUUCAGAGUUCUGCAGAGGUGCCGCAGUGCUCCUGGCGCGUUGCCAGUCGAAGCCCGACACGCUGGGAAGUCUUGGCAACACUGGAUUCGCACUCUGACGCGCUCUGUGGAGUUGCGUGGUCUCCGAACCAGCAGCGGAUACUCACAGCCAGCGCAGAUGGAACAGUGGGCCUUUGGGAGGAGCAGAACAGCAGCUACUCUCUAGUGCAGAACCACGAGCCCGACGCGUGGCAGCUUGUGGCCGUCCUGGGCUCUCGCAGCCAAAGCCCCGUCCGCGAUGCGACGUGGUCUCCCGACAGCCAGCUGAUCCUGGCUGGAAGCCUGGACGGCUCUGCCAGGGUCUGGCGGUCUGCUGGCAAUGCCAGCCGGAUCCUGCGGAACACGACGGCCGCGAUGCUCGAGGACAGCGACAGCGACAACGACUCGGCCGAAGACAACUUCACCAGGCUGAGACCUCCGGCCGUCCAGGGGCGGCUCCUGGAGCCUUGGUCCGUGCACUCCAUGCUGCAACAAUCGGACACCGCGCUGGUAGUGGACUGGAGCUCCAACGAGAGUGCUUUGGGUCGCGUACUCGCUGGUUCGCCAUUGAGAACUGCCUGUAUGUCUUCUCGCGGCACGGGUUUUGAGGCCUGUGCCUCCAGCAGCGAAGAGAAACAAAGGAGCCUCGGUGCCUCAUACCUGCUAGGGUUGGACCACUCUGCAUCCAUUUGGCAUGCAAGUGCAGAAAUGCCAAGUCGGUGGGCCCUCGAGGCUACCCUCGAGGGGGUGGCCCACCUGAUGGUCUCCGUCCGCUGGUCUCCAGAUGGUCGCGAGCUGCUGACCGGUGGCAGCGAUGGCCUAGCCCGCAUCUGGACCCUCACCGACCGGGACUUCCAGGGCAGUGGCCGGCAGAGGUGGAAUCUUCGCACCAAGAAGCAGGUGCACAGUGAGGCUGUUCGGGCUGUUGCCUGGUCUCCAGAUGGACAGUACGUGCUGACCAGUGGCCGCAAAGGCUACGCCUACAUCUGGCAUCCUGUGGACGGUGACUGGGUGCCAAAGGGGUUCCUGACGGAAGCAAACGGCAUGAAACUGCCACCGAACUUGACGAACACAGCAUUGCGUUCGCCUGUGAACCCGGCUCGCCUUGACACCCUGCAUCCGGACUCCAACAUGGGGUGGAUUCAUGACUGGUCGCCGAUCCAUGUCGCUCGCUGGUCCCCGGACGGACAAAGGAUCGUAACCGGCAGCCCAGACGGUUCGGCACGCAUUUGGUUGAACAAUCCGACUGUUUAUGGCGGAUGGACCCUGGAAGCAACCCUCCAUGGCCAUUCCCAUCAGAUCUGGUCCUUGGCCUGGUCUCCGGACAGCCUGCAGCUAGUCUCAGGCGAUCAGGCACUCGACAGCCUCCGCCGAAAACAAACACCAACCCAGAACUCUGGCGCACGCGACAGGUGGCAGAGCGAGCUCCUUCCAAAGAAGCCCUACAGUUGCUGCAACGCCUCGAAGGCAGGAAUCACGAUGCAUGGACAGAAGCCGAUGAGCGACCUGUCGCUGCGCAUUUCCCUGCAGAUGAAGAGCUCGAACAGCCUGGGCCCAAUUGGCGAAAACGCAUACUCCACCACCUGUGUGGAGUUGUUUGCCUUGGUUCAACUUCGAGCCACCGAGAGGUCUGAGUCCGACGCCGCGCGUGAGGCACGGCGCGAGCGCCGUGCCCUUGCCGCCCGCGCGAGAGAGCAGGUCACCAGCCCUGAGCAAGAGGAGACGUCGGGAGAGGACGAUUCGCCUUCCUUGGCUCUUGUUGUGGUGAGAGCUGCGAGGCCUUUGCUUCGCAGCGUCCAAUGGCUGGCCAAUCGUGUCUUAGGCGAGAAGAAGACGAACCUUGGCGACACGAGCCAGUUCUCGUACGACCACAUCUCCGGCCAAUGGGUGUUGCAGAGGCCACCAGGUGUUAAGGAAACUUUCACGGUUGGCCUCGGCUUCUUCGACCCGAGUCGGUCUCAACCCUGUUCAGAUGUGUUCCUAUGUGUUCAGACGCUCGCAAAACCCUGUGGCAUUCUGCUCUCGCUUCCUGAGUGCCAUAUGGCUCCAUUUUUGCGAACCUUCGCAGAGAAGCUGUUGCAUCCAGGCAACCCGGCGAGGAGGACUCAGCAUCCUCGGAAGACCAGACCUGGUGGGUGCCUGAGGUCACUGAGGACUGCGACUGCACUGCGAAGUGAUGUCCACAGUGUACAAAUCUGUGCAAGCUGA